CGGCUUCACCCAACAAGCUCAUCAAACACUAAUCACCACUACCAAUAACUCAUAAGCUCAACCACAAUGUCUGAAUGGGUCGUGCGCAUGUCCAACUCCAAGGGCAUGCCCUACUUCUACAACACCACCACGAAGCAGUCCGUCUGGGAGGCACCAUCCGGGCUCUCCAAGGAGCAGGUCCAGGCGCUCCCCGGUGCGCAGGAGUACCUCAGCGGCAGCGCCUCGGGAGGCGGGGGAGCAGCAGGGCAGAUCCGCGCUAGCCAUCUGCUCAUAAAGCACAAGGACAGCAGGCGGCCGUCCAGCUGGAAGGAGGCCAACAUCACGCGCACCAAGGAAGAGGCGAUCAAUACCCUGCGCGAGUACCAGGCCCAGAUCGGCAGCUCGACAGACACAUUCGCGGAGCUCGCGCGGGAGCACUCGGACUGCUCGUCGCACGCGCACGACGGCGACCUCGGCUGGUUCGGCAGGGGGCAGAUGCAGAAGGCGUUCGAGGACGGCGCGUACGCGCUCGAGGCCGGGCAGAUCAGCGACGUGAUCAGCUCGGACAGCGGUGUGCAUCUUAUCCUUCGCACGGGGUGAGCGGGCUCGGUGUGAUGGCGUUGAACUUGGCGUUUGAAGUGGGAGGGAGGUUUGCGUAAGUGCGUCGAUAGGCAAGGUAAUAAUGGCGGGUUUUGUAAGUUUUAGGCUGGAGAGUUGUCGUCAACUACGUUCGAGAUACGCACGCGGAGCUCUGUCAAGAGUUCAGGCCCGCGCCCCAACGUUUUGAGCUUUGUAUUCAUACCACCACGUGCAUGUCAAUGAACAUGUUUUUUCCG